GUUGUAAACGGCCCUCCCUCGAAGUUCUUGGGUGAAGGAAGGAAGAGGGAAGGGACGCGGAGUCCGGACACACCACUGGAAUAGGGGCCAGGAUUGAGUUUACGGGUUAAACAUUCACACAUUAUUCAUUCCAGGAGGGCCGGUGUUGAGGGAAAGAUAAGAAACCGAGGGUGCAGCGCGGAAAUUCAAGGUUCCUCCUACUCGAGAACGACAGAAAAUAAAGAAAAUGGCGGAGCCAGACAAAUUAAACAUCGACUCUAUAAUUCAACGUCUCCUGGAAGUCAAGGGCUCGCGGCCAGGAAAAAAUGUCCAGCUGACAGAGGGCGAGAUCCGUGGCCUUUGCCUCAAGUCCCGUGAAAUUUUCCUGAGUCAGCCAAUCCUCCUUGAACUAGAGGCUCCCCUCAAAAUCUGUGGUGAUGUCCAUGGUCAGUACUAUGAUCUGCUCCGACUGUUUGAAUACGGAGGCUUCCCCCCAGAAAGCAACUACCUGUUUCUGGGUGAUUAUGUAGACAGAGGGAAGCAGUCACUGGAGACUAUAUGCCUGCUUCUAGCUUACAAGAUUAAAUACCCUGAGAACUUUUUCCUGCUGCGCGGGAACCAUGAAUGCGCCUCUAUUAAUCGAAUCUACGGCUUCUAUGAUGAGUGUAAACGACGGUAUAACAUUAAGCUGUGGAAGACCUUCACAGAUUGUUUCAACUGUUUACCUGUGGCUGCGAUUGUAGAUGAAAAAAUCUUCUGCUGUCAUGGAGGCCUUUCUCCUGAUCUUCAGUCGAUGGAACAGAUCCGCAGAGUAAUGCGACCCACAGACGUGCCUGACCAAGGUCUGCUGUGUGACCUGCUGUGGGCCGACCCAGACAAAGAUGUGCUGGGCUGGGGGGAAAAUGACCGUGGUGUCUCCUUCACAUUCGGGGCAGAUGUGGUGGCUAAAUUUUUGCACAAACACGACAUGGACCUUAUAUGCAGGGCACAUCAGGUGGUAGAAGACGGUUAUGAGUUUUUUGCAAAGAGGCAGCUCGUCACCUUAUUCUCAGCUCCUAACUACUGUGGCGAGUUUGACAAUGCUGGUGCCAUGAUGAGUGUGGAUGAGACACUCAUGUGCUCUUUCCAGAUCCUGAAGCCAGCCGAUAAGAAAUUGUAUCCUUAUGGUGGAGGGGGAGGAAUGGGAUCUGGGAGGCCGGUUACCCCACCGCGAAAUUCAGCCAAGGCCGCCAAGGCAAAGAAAUAACACCCACUUGGUUCUCCUUCAAUAACCCCCUUUCAGCCUAGUGCACCUUUUAUUCCCCUCUACCUCCCAAACUUGUUUAUUCCUCAUCACAGAAUAGCAACAAAGCAAACAAGUGUCCAGGGUUCAAUUAUGUUUUGAUUUUUUUUCUCUCAAAAACUAUUUUUAACCGUUUGGCUGCUUGCGUGUAGUUUUGUGUGAGAAUGUGUAUAAAAGUGUGAAUGAUCCA